AUGGCAGCGGAGCAGCCCGGCUGUUGGCUGGUGUCGGGCGCUGGAGACAUCAAGCUGACCAAAGAUGGCAACGUGCUGCUGCAGGAAAUGCAAAUCCAACACCCCACAGCGUCCUUGAUAGCAAAGGUAGCAACAGCACAAGAUGACAUCACUGGAGAUGGUACCACCUCAAAUGUCUUGAUCAUUGGAGAGCUCCUAAAACAGGCAGAUCUCUACAUUGCUGAGGGUUUGCACCCUAGAAUAGUUGCAGAAGGAUUUGAGAUCGCAAAGGAAAAAGCACUUGAAGUUUUGGAGCAGGUCAAAGUAUCCAAGGAGAUGGACAGGGAGACCCUUAUGGAUGUUGCCAGGACAUCCCUCCGUACCAAGGUGCACACUGAGCUCGCUGACAUCCUGACAGAGGCUGUGGUUGAUUCUGUUUUGACAGUCAGAAAACCUGAUGAGCCCAUUGACCUCCACAUGGUAGAGAUUAUGGAGAUGAAGCACAAAUCAGAAACUGACACAACGCUGAUUAGGGGGCUGGUUUUGGAUCACGGUGCUCGUCAUCCUGACAUGAAGAAAAGAGUGGAAGAUGCUUAUGUUCUCACUUGCAAUGUGUCCCUAGAGUAUGAGAAAACAGAGGUGAGCUCUGGGUUCUUCUAUAAAAGUGCUGAAGAGAGAGAGAAGUUGGUGAAAGCAGAAAGGAAGUUCAUUGAAGACAGAGUGAAGAAAAUUGUAGACUUGAAAAGAAAAGUCUGUGGUGAUUCUGAUAAAGGAUUUGUUGUGAUCAACCAGAAGGGAAUUGACCCGUUUUCCUUGGAUGCACUUGCAAAAGAAGGAAUAGUUGCUCUGCGGAGAGCUAAAAGGAGGAACAUGGAAAGGCUGACCCUGGCAUGUGGUGGCACAGCCAUGAACUCGGUGGAGGAUCUGAGCCCCGACUGCCUGGGCCACGCGGGGCUGGUCUACGAGUACACGCUGGGUGAAGAGAAGUACACCUUCAUUGAGAAGUGUGACAACCCCCGCUCAGUCACCCUGCUGAUCAGGGGCCCCAACAAGCACACGCUCACUCAGAUCAAGGAUGCUGUGAGGGAUGGGCUGCGUGCUGUUAAAAACGCCAUUGAGGAUGGAUGCGUGGUCCCAGGAGCAGGGGCACUGGAGGUGGCUGUAGCCAGUGCCCUUGUGAAGCACAAACCGAAUGUCAAAGGGAGAGCCCAGCUUGGAGUUCAAGCUUUUGCUGAUGCUCUGCUCAUUAUUCCUAAGGUUCUUGCCCAGAACUCGGGUUAUGAUCCCCAGGAAACACUCGUGAAGGUUCAGGCAGAGCAUGUGGAGUCAGGGCAGCUCACUGGGGUUGAUCUGAACACUGGUGAGCCAAUGGUGGCUGCAGCAGCUGGAAUCUGGGAUAAUUACAAUGUCAAAAAGCAACUGCUUCAUUCAUGCACGGUCAUCGCCAGCAACAUCCUUUUGGUGGAUGAGAUCAUGCGAGCCGGGAUGUCCUCUCUGAAAGGCUGA